AUACGGCUUAAUCCAAAAGCCCAUUUUACGAUCAAGAACAAAAGCGUAGCAUAAUUAAUCAAUUCCUCUCCUUUAUCAAUCCCUUCAAAAUCCAAAGCAGGUUUUCCUCUUCCUAUCAUAAUCUCAAUACCUUGGAACGAUGAUCAGCGUUCUAUCUCAGGAGCGUCUAUUGGGUGCGGCGCUAGGGAGCAUCUUAACCGGUGUCUUUGUUUUUGAGCAGCGUCGAAGCAUCUAUGAAUCCAUUCAUCGCUAUGAACAUCAGCCAACAGAGCCUAUUUUUGGGCGGAAGUCUCGCCAAGAGUUUGCACACAUGUGGAAUAAAUCUGUGGAUAACACAUUUGGACCGAUGAUUGAGUAUCUAAGCUCACGUGGAUGGUAGGAAUGCUCCCAUGCUAUUGCUAGGCAACUCUCAGAAGGUUUUCUUGGUUAUCUAAGAUGGCAACUGCCAUGGGUCCUUCCAUCUCCCAAGCUCCGGCUUAUUUGUUGCUUCCUGAAUCUUCCUGGAUAUUUCUUUACUGGGAUGUACCGUGUAGCAUAUGUACAUUUCUUUUUUCCGAAUACAAGAGUCUUUUGCUGCAGUCUAACGUGUUUGUUUUAGUGUUCGAUUGACCCCGUUGUAUUUUCCGCGGACGUACAACCCGUAUUCUGGGCCAUUAUGCCUUCCUUAGGUUGAAGACAUAUAAAGUCAGUGAUAUUAUAUUGGUAUA